GGGGAAGCUGCGCAGACGGCGGCGGGGCCGGCCCGGCCCGGGUAAACAGCUCCGGCGGUAUCGUAGAGAAAACCAUGUCAGGACGAACAUCAACCUCAAGUCGUGUUAGUUUUCGUAUACCAAAGAAGAAAACAAACACCAAAUCAGAGGAUGUCCAAGUUCAGUCCCCUUUGUCAAGGCUCCCAGGCUCCCACGAUUGUGACUACCCUUUAAAAGAGUGGAGAUUAAGUGCCAACAACAGAAAGCCUUCCACAAAAGGAAAAAGGCAAAAGGAUUGCAACAGACAUAGCUCUAAUGAUGAAGAAUCAAUUGGGCAACCCAAAAUUAUCUUGACGAAUGUCCUGAGGACAAAAAUAGGAAGAAAAUACACACAGGCGCAACCUAAAACUGGUGAUAAUUUUUCUGAUGCUGGCAAGCUGCAGUCAGAUCAAGCACCCUCAUCAUUUGCUGCCAGCAUAAAGAUAUGGCAGAUUUUAAACCCUACUCUCCAAAGUCUUUUUCUGUCUAAAAGGAAACCCAAAGUUAUCUUGACGAACGUCCUGAGUACGAAAAUUGGAAGAAAGUACAUAGACAGCCACGUAAUAAUUGAUGCAAAUUUACCUGCUGCAGACAAAUUGCAAUUGGGUCAACUACCCUCAUCAGCUGUUGCCAGCCUACAGACAUGUCAAAUCUUAAGUUCUCCUCAUGAAAGUUCUUUCCUUUCUGAAAGGUCUGAAAGUUGCCUGAGAAAGACAGAUGUUGAGCUGUGUAAAUUGACCAAGGCUUCUAAGGAACCAGAAAAAAUUAAUGCUGUCACUUUCAGAAGACGAGAACUACAGAAGAAAGAAAACAAACACUGUGGUGAACUGGAGAAGAGGAGUAGACACAUGAACAGCACUACUCUUAGUCAGAAGGAAUCGGUCUCUUUUGAUUCUGAGAAAAGGAAAAGAAGAUAUAGUGGCCAUAUUUCUGAUGAUUGUAAUGCACACAUUCCACUAAAGUCACCUGUGUUCUCUGAAAAGAAAAGUUUUAGUUCAACUCAGUCUCCUGGCUGCAGAAUACUCUGUGAGGAUGGACAAAACCACAGAUCUAAUCCUAUUCUGGUGCCAGACUGUCCAGCAGAGAGAGACUCUAAAGACACUUCCACCCACAACCACUUAAGGCCUGCUCAUAGCCACACAGAGGACUCUGCCUCAGAGUCUUCUUCCAUAAAUUUGUCAAAGAAACAGCUUUCUGCCACCAGUGAGGAUGUGAUUUCACCACAAGUUCGUACAAUCAGGAAAUUAAAGAUAGACAAAUCAGAGUACCUGAGCAAGCUGCGGAACAGAAUCUGCAGGGGUAAUCAGCAACUUGUUUCCAUUGAUCCAAUUAUCCUUUCCAGUGAUGAUGAAGAUGGCCCUUCUGAACCACAAUGCACAGAGCUGAUGCAGGAUAAUAUCACUGAAAAUAAAGAAACAGACCAACAGUCUGACUUCUGUUUUUCAGACGAGCAAUUAGAAGACAAGAUGAAAAGUCACACAGAGCAGUUUUUAACAGAGUCAAUUGAAGAUAAAUGUCCUCUCAGGUUACCUUCUGGAAGCACACCUAGAAAGCAGACAAACUUGGCACUGGAUGUUGAAUUUGAUAGACUACACAUCGGGAAAUUUAAGUGUUUAUCAACAGGUCCUGCUAGGUUUACAAUGAAAAAUAUUGUGAUUCCAUUUCAGGUGUUUCUUAAGAACAUUCAGCUUACAGUGGAUAUACUGGAUCUGAGAAGAUUUGGCUGGUGGAAAAGUGGUGGUGGCUGUUCUUCAACAAUUAUUUUUCUUUGGUUGUCUGUGGAUUAUGUAGAAAAGAUUGAAACCCAGAUGGGAAAGCUAGUUGCCAGCCAACCAUCCAAAUCCAAUGAAUUUGUAUUUUUUGAACUGUCUCAACCACUCACAGAAUGGGAAGAAGACAGACUUACUGAACUGAUUACAGGUGUCAGCAAGAGGAACAGAGCACCAGAUCUUGCUGAGUUUUUGUCUUUGAAACAAGCAGUACCCUUGUUUAAGGAUCUUUCUCCUGAAGAAAGCUCUUUUGUGAGUUGCAAUAAGGAUCUACUAAAGCAAUUCAUGCCAAAAAAGAAUACUUCAGAUGCUCAUGAGCCUGUAAUUCAGGAAUCAGAGCUAAAAGUCAUCAGGCCCAGUUAUGCCCUUGCAAAUAAGCAGAAUAGUGGCUGCUAUUGUAUCUCUUUGUCCUCUGCACUGAAUGAUGAAUGGAAAGAAGUAAGAGAAAUGGGAGCAGUUGAGAAUUUAAUUGUUUAUCCACCCCCACCUGCAAAAGGAGGACUGGGAGUCACAAGAGAAGACCUAGAGUGCUUAGAAUAUGGAGAGUUUCUCAAUGAUGUCAUCAUUGAUUUCUAUCUUAAGUAUCUGUUGUUGGAGAAGGCACCAAAACAUGUUGCUGACCGUACACACAUUUUUAGCAGUUUCUUCUACAAGUGCCUGACCAGGACAGAAAAAAACUCUGAGGGGGAUGUCAAAGUUUCAGCAGCACAGAGAAGACAUAGAAGAGUAAGAACAUGGACUCGCCAUAUAAAUAUCUUCAAUAAAGAUUAUAUUUUUGUGCCUGUGAAUGAGGAGUCUCAUUGGUACAUGGCAGUUAUCUGUUUUCCUUGGUUAGAAGAAGCUGUGUAUGAGGAGUGUCCCCGUCAGAAUUCAUUAUCCCACUGGCCUCGGCAGUCUCCACUGGAGCCAGAGAGUGACAACUCUGGAGCUGGUUUAGUGCUCUUAAGGGAUGAAGAAGAGGUGGAUGGUGGCAAUGAACUUGCUGCUUCUACUUCAGUUCUAUAUUCAGCUAUUUCUAAAAUCUCCCUAAGUAAUUCCAAAAAGCAGAUUUGUAAAAGGCCUUGUAUACUUAUCUUAGAUUCCUUGAAAGCAUGUUCUGUGCAGAAAACAGUUCAGGUUUUGAGAGAGUACCUUGAAGUGGAAUGGGAAGCUAAACGAAAAGCAUAUCGGGAAUUCAGUAAAUCAACAAUGAUUGACCUGUGUCCCAGAGUGCCUAAACAAGAUAACAGCAGUGAUUGUGGGGUCUAUUUGCUGCAGUAUGUGGAAAGCUUCUUCCAGAAUCCCAUAGUUAAUUUUGAACAACCACUGCAUCUGGAGAAUUGGUUCCCUCGUCAGCUGAUCAGGAACAAAAGAGAAGAAAUUCGAGACCUGAUCUUGCAACUGCACUUUCAACAGCAAAGUGGCAGCAGCAGCUAAUAAAUCUAAUAAGGCAGUCCUGGCAAAGGACACUGCUGUAUAAAAUAACUGGAACUCUGCAUAGUGGUGUUUGGUCUCUCCCUGCCUUGCAAGGAAGAAAAAAAAAAAAAAAAUAAGGCACAAGGAGUACUUUUUGUUUGGAAUGUAUUUAUUUAAAGAUUUUUUUUUUCACUGGUGUUGUAUGGUCUUAAGAUGCUGGAAUGGGGAAAGGAGAAGGUUGUAGAUAAGAAUGUAAAUAUGUAAGUUUAACCUAAUGCAUAUGGAUUGCUAGUUGAUUCUUGGAAUAUGAAACCUGCUACAGGUAUAUGCCUCAAGGAUGUAAAAAUACUUUUGUCUUUUUGAGCCUAUUCUUUAUAAUUCUGUAUAAACAUGGAUGCUCCUGUAGGAGUCAUGUCUGAAGACAGGAUCUGGAUCUUGUAUGUCUCUUGCAGUUGAUACAGAUAGAAUGAAUACUAUGUAUUUUUUUACUUUAAGGAUUUAAUGAUGACUCUCUUUAGAGAUGUGUUUUUUGUUUUGUUUAUGAUUAUAUACAGAAGUAAUCAGCAUGUGUCAGAAAAUUCUGCCAAGAUUUGAGGCUCAUGAGUUUUGAUGAUUUAAAAAAAAAAAAUAUUUUCCCCCUUCCUAGCAUUUUCAUAAAAGUGUGUUCACUUUGUUUGAGAGUGACUGUUGAAAUACUUCAAAGUUGGGAGUGCAUUUUCUUUUAAGUUUUUUUUUUCUUAGCAGAUUUUAGAAGCAAACUUGCUCUCAAAGUGCAUACCAAUACAAUAUGUGUAGGCAGUAGAUUUUUAAUGCUGUUCACCUGAUUUUGGGGAAUAAUUCCUACAAAUCUUAAGGCAUCACCUGCAUUAGCAAGACAAACAGGCUGUGGCUUAACAACCUCAAAAAUCUGAGGUGUUUUACUGAAAUAUAAGGUCAUUAAGAUAUGUGAUUUACAUAUAAGACAAACAGGAUUUGUACCUUGCUUAGGAGAAUUGAGUAAAGAUGAUUGAAUAUUGAGUGAACUCAGACUUGAUUUGAUAAAUUAGCACAAGUUCAUCAUUGUCUUAAUUUGUAUUUAUGUAGCUUUUCCUUGAACAGUGAUCACAUUUUGAUGUGUGUGCUUUUUUCUGUAUUCACUGCACGUUAGAAGGUAACUGUUCUAAAAGGAUGCUUUCUCCUGUUCCCCACUGUAACUUUACUGAAGUGUCAUCUUACCCUUCAGAAGGACUGUGUGUCAGAUAACUGCCAAAACCACUUGUGUCAUAAAACAGUCUACAAAACCAGAGCUCUUAAAGCUGGAAAUACAACCGAGACUUAAAAUAAAAACUGAGGGCCACCCACA